AUGAAUACCACGACACUAAAGUCAUCUCGACAGACUGAAUCUGGAACAUUUUUAAACUCGGAUAUCUAUUUCAGUCGAUAUCAGUCUUGGAGCAAGGUCGCCUCAUAUCGCUCGUCAUCCGUAUUUAACUAUUCAGAAAGUCUUUUUCGCUCAUCAUCCUCUCCACCUAUUUUGUGGCUUGAUAUUCAUGGUGAUGUACGAUGGAAUGAAGCAGCGGAACAUGAAAUGUAUAUUUAUCUUUCAAAUAAACAAACGAUCGAAGAAAACAAAUCCGAAGAUCAGAUAAUUAAUGAUUGUCUUGAUCGUCGAUUUUUCGUUAUUAAGCAACAUCAGUGGGGAUUUUUCAGUCGUUAUCACUGCUUCAUUGAACAGUUUGGUCAAACACUAUACAGUCCCUGGAUGACAUUGCUGUCGUACAAUCGUUUUCGUGUUUCAAAAGCAUAUCGAGAUGAUUUUCUUGGUGAAGGCAUUGUACGUUACUUUGAACCUAUAUCUACAUGCUCGAAAUAUUUAAAAGACUCACGAAUGAAACCAAUUGAAUUGAUACUUCAAAAUAAAAUUAGUAUUUCAUCGUAUGUUACCGGUAUUCAAAAACUUCUCUAUAGCAAUCAAUUGAAUAGUAGUAAAUAUUCUGUAUUAGACAAUAGCAAAGUAUGGGCAUUGGGUUAUGAGCACGUGCCAGUUCGUAGAUGGAUGUUUAGUCGCAAUCCAGUUAGUGCAACGUACAAUCUGUCCAUCGUAGAGUUGAUCAAUCACACAGAUGAACAUGUCUAUCGAGCUCCAUCGCUGACUGAUAGUUUUCUCGUCCGAUGGUCGCCAAGAAAUCGAGCACGUGGUCAACCGAAUCAACACUUACCUGGUAACCAGUACAAACUAACAUGGCAAGAUCGUGUUUUUACAGGAUUUCUUCGCUAUAUGUUCGUAUUGUAUUUUCAUCGUUUUUCACCACGCAUUUAUCAAAUGACACGUCUACUCGCUGAACAUUGGUCAAAUUACUUAAGGGAUAAAGACCAACGCGCUUUAAAUGACACGGCAGCAAUAUUUAUUCGUCGUGGCGAUAAAAUGCGCGAAGACUCAUUUUGGCAGAAACAUAAAAGGUGGCGUAACAUAUCAAUGUACGUCAAAGGAUUAGUUGAUGAAGAACAACGACAAAAUCGGACAUUUUCAUCGAUAUUCAUUAUGACAGAUGAUACAUCUGUGAUGAAUUCUAUUCAAGAUUAUGCUGAUCCAAAAUCGAAAGGAAUAGAUGAACCUUACGCAAGACAGCACUUGCGUAAUCGGCAGAUAAUGUAUAAUGUAUUUGCACCACAAGCAUGUUUUGAUCCAUUCAUUCGCAUCGGAUUUGAGCAGUUUUUAGUGUCUAUAGAGUUCAUCGUCCAGCAUGCUCAAUUCAGUGUUGGCCAUUCCGAUUCAAAUGUCGGCCGCUACCUCGAAGAGAUUACAUACGGACGAAAUCAAUUGAAAGCUUCAGUUCAAUCAAAUUCAUUUACGAAAAAUGCUCCGGAUUCUUUAUAA